UAUAUACACUAAAUAAUUUGUCAAUAAAUAAUAAUUAAUUAACAAACCUAGAAUUAUAGCCGUUCUCUUCUGUCUCUGUCUCUCUGGGUCGUUUCUUUCCUUUAUAGCUUCUAGUUUCUCCCACUCGCUAACUCCUUUUUCCUGAGUCUGAUAAUGUAAAUUCACAAAAGAAAUUUAAACAAAAUCUGUUUAAAAACCCCAAACAACAUUGUUCGUUCAUUGCUGCUGCUCGAGAAGAAAAGCAAAGAAAUUGCGAGAAAGAAAGAAAUGGAUUUCAUCAAGAUCCUGCUUCUUAUGUUCUUCGUGAGCUUUGGAUUUUGCUUCGCUGCAGAUCCAUAUUCUUUCUAUAACUUCGAAGUCUCCUACAUUACUGCUUCUCCACUUGGUGUCCCUCAACAGGUGAUUGCUAUAAAUGGAAAGUUCCCUGGUCCUACAAUCAAUGUCACGACCAACGAAAAUCUGGUCGUGAAUGUGAGAAACAAAUUAGACGAGGGGCUUCUUCUUCACUGGUCUGGGAUCCAACAGAGACGUGUUUCUUGGCAAGAUGGAGUUGCAGGAACCAAUUGUCCAAUCCCACCAAAGUGGAAUUGGACUUAUGAGUUUCAAGUCAAGGACCAAAUUGGAAGUUUCUUCUACUUCCCAUCACUUCAUUUCCAAAGAGCUUCAGGUGGGUUUGGAUCCUUCGUUGUCAACCCUAGAGCGAUUAUUCCAGUUCCUUUCUCGACUCCAGACGGCGAUAUCACCAUUGUGAUUGGUGAUUGGUACACAAGGAACCACACGGCUUUGAGAAAGGCUUUAGAUGAUGGUAAAGAUCUUGGAAUGCCUGAUGGUGUUCUCAUUAACGGUAAAGGACCUUACCAAUACAACAAGACUCUUGUUCCUGAUGGAAUCGAUUACGAAACAAUCACAGUUCAUCCUGGAAAAACUUAUAGGCUUCGAGUGUCGAAUGUGGGAAUCUCGACGAGUUUGAACUUUAGGAUUCAAGGCCACAACUUGGUUCUUGCGGAAUCUGAAGGAUCUUACACUGUUCAACAGAACUACACGAGCUUAGAUAUUCAUGUUGGACAGUCUUACUCUUUCUUGGUUACUAUGGAUCAAAACGCGAGCUCUGAUUACUACAUUGUCGCGAGUGCUCGUGUUGUUAACGAAACCAUAUGGAGAAGAGUCACAGGUGUUGGAAUCUUACACUAUACCAACUCUAAAGGUAAAGCAAGUGGUCACUUGCCUCCUGGUCCACAAGACGAAUUCGACAAAACUUUCUCCAUGAAUCAAGCAAGAUCCAUCAGAUUAGCUGAUAAGCAUAAGGUUAAUGGAGUCUAUAAGCUUGAUUUCCCUAAGAGACCUUUAACCGGACCGCCUAGAACCGAGACUUCGAUCAUCAAUGGCACUUACCGUGGAUUCAUGGAAGUCAUUUUUCAGAACAAUGACACUAAGAUGCAGAGCUAUCACAUGAGUGGCUACGCCUUCUUCGCCGUCGGGAUGGAUUAUGGAGAGUGGACAGAGAACAGUAGAGGAACUUACAACAAAUGGGAUGGUAUCGCCCGCUCAACGAUUCAGGUGUAUCCAGGGGCGUGGUCAGCGAUCUUGAUAUCUAUGGACAAUCCUGGAGCUUGGAAUCUAAGAACAGAGAAUCUUGAUUCUUGGUAUCUCGGACAAGAAACGUAUGUUAGAAUUGUGAAUCCAGACGAGAACAACAAAACCGAGUUCGGUGCGCCUGCGAAUGUUCUCUACUGUGGUGCUCUCAAGAAACUACAAAAGCCACAGAAGAUUACAUCGGCGGCUUCGAGGAGCGUUGGAUUCACGAAUCUUUCAAUGGUGGUUAUGGCUUUCGUGAUGAUGAUGCUUAUGCGUUGAAAUGUAAUUUAAGGGGUUUGUUUUUUAAAUUUUCUAGGGUUUUGUUGAUAAUCGAACCAGAGAUGAUGAUUCUUCUUCUUUACGUUUCCACGGUUCUUUCUAUUUGGGGGUUGUUAGAUUUCUCUGACUUGUUUUUUUUUUUUUUUUUGGAUUCGGUCUGUUGUUUUAUUCUUUUCCCGGGAUUUAAUUUAUUUGAGAAGACGAAAACAACACAUUCAUUAUUAUGUUGAAAUUUUAUUAAAAGCUUUUGUUGUUAUUAUUUAUUUUCAUACCAAAU